ACUGUGAUUACCCUGAAGAAAUGCCUGUGAUCUGUGGAUGUUUAUUCCUGCAGAUACAAGACCCAAACUGCUGUACUUCACUGCAGCACCCAACUCCUACAGGUAUGGGAAAUGUUAACCAUCUCUCCUCUUCAUCCUACGUCCCAUAGACAUUUAAGUCUUGCUGUCAGCUGCCAGCUGCCAGUUUAUUUCAAAGGGAACAAUGCUAGUGGUAUGUUCAGUACAUGAAAAUAAGCAAUAAAGAAAGAGGGUGGCAGGAUUCUUUCUAUUGAUAUAAAAACCAUAUUCUUCUGCUCUUAUGGACAUUUCCUUAAGGAAUGGACAUUGCUGAUUGAACUCUAAGAGUAUCAGCCCUCCUGAUCUUGGAAAAGUGUUUGCAGGGGACAGAGAAUACGGACUAUGGAGCUGGAGAAAGAUGUGCAACCUUUGCCCCCUCGCUAUCGGUUCAGAGACUUGUUGAUGGGAGACUGGCAACAGGACGACAGGGUCCAUGUGGAAUUUUAUGUAAAUGAAAACUCGUUUAAGGAACGACUAAAAUUAUUUUUUAUAAAGAAUCAGAGAUCAAGUUUGAGAGUCAGAGUCUUUAAUUGUUCCCUGAAGUUACUGAGUUGUCUCCUGUACAUUAUAAGGGUCCUUCUCGAUGACCCAAAAGAGAGCAAGGGAGGAUGCUGGGAAUGCACCAAACAGAAUUAUUCUGCACAGCAGAGAUUUGACUGGACCCCAAUCAUUUGGGUGAACAGACCUCUUCCCCUAUGGGGUCUUCAGGUACUAGUGGCGCUAAUUAGCUUUUGGGAAACAAUGCUUGUCACCUACCUUGGAUACAAGGGAAACAUAUGGGAGCAGCUCCUCCGAAUCCCCUUCGUUCUAGAGAUGCUGAACACCCUGCCAUUCUUUGUCACAAUUUUCUGGCCUCCGUUGAGGAAUAUCUUCAUUCCUGUUUUCCUCAAUUGCUGGUUAGCUAAGCACGCUCUGGAGAACAUGAUAAAUGACUUGCAUCGAGCCAUUCAGAGGACCCACUCGGCCAUGUUUAACCAGGUCUUCAUUCUGAUAUGCACCCUCAUCUGCCUCAUGUUCACCUGUAUCUGUGGGAUUCAGCAUCUAGAGAGAGCUGGCAAUAACCUCACCCUCUUUGACUCGCUGUAUUUCUGCAUUGUCACCUUCUCCACUGUGGGCUUUGGAGAUGUCACCCCAAAGAUCUGGCCGUCGCAGCUCCUGGUUGUCAUUAUGAUCUGUGUGGCACUCAUUGUGCUGCCCAUCCAGUUUGAGCAGCUCGUCUUCCUAUGGAUGGAAAGACAGAAAUCCGGCGGGAAUUACAGCCGGUACCGAGCCCAGACAGAGAAGCACGUGGUCUUGUGCGUCAGCUCCUUGAAGAUUGACCUGCUUAUGGAUUUCCUCAAUGAAUUCUAUGCUCAUCCCCGGCUUCAGGACCACUAUGUUGUUCUCCUCUGCCCCACGGAGAUGGAUCUGCCUGUGAGGAAAGUCCUACAAAUUCCUCUCUGGUCCCAGCGGGUCAUUUAUCUUCAGGGUUCUGCCCUUAAGGAUCAGGAUCUCAUGAGAGCCAAAAUUGAUGACGCAGAAGCCUGUUUUAUACUCAGCAAUCGUUUUGAGCGAGACCGCAUCGCAGCUGAUCAUCAGACAAUCCUGCGUGCCUGGGCCGUGAAGGACUUUGCACCCAACUGUCCCCUCUACGUUCAGAUACUCAAACCAGAAAACAAGUUUCAUAUUAAAUUUGCAGAUCAUGUAGUCUGUGAAGAAGAAUUUAAGUACGCCAUGUUGGCUCUGAAUUGUGUCUGCCCAGCGACCUCCACCUUGAUCACUCUGCUCAUCCACACCUCUAGAGGGCAAGACAGCGCCAGUUCUCCGGAUCAGUGGCAGAACACUUACAGCCGCUGCUCAGCUAAUGAGGUCUAUCAUAUCCGACUGAGCGAAAGCAAAUUCUUUGGAGAGUACGAAGGAAAAAGCUUCACUUAUUCAUCCUUCCAUGCCCAUAAAAAGUAUGGGGUCUGUUUGAUUGGCGUCCGUCGGGAUAACAAAACCAGCAUCCUGCUUAAUCCAGGGCCUUGUCAUAUAAUGUCCUCAACAGACACCUGCUUCUACAUAAAUAUCUCAAAAGAAGAGAACUCAGCAUUCAGUUUGAAAGACAACGAAGAUUCCAAGAAAUCAGGGUACCUAAAGUCUACCUACCAUGGCCUGACGGGGCUCCCUGUUCACAGUAUUAUAGCAAGCAUGGGAACGGUGGCCAUGGAUCUGCAGGGGUCCAGAAGCUCAGAAAGUGUAGAUGGAAAUAUGCUGAGCCCACCUGCUGAUGGAACCCACAAAAGGAAACACAGUAUCGAUGCAGUGCCAGAUGUUGUGGAUGGAGACAGCAGUACAAAUUUCGACCUCCUGAGUGACCAAUCAGAAGACGAGACCAGCCAAUCUGACGAGGAACUGGAUAACUCCAUCAACUUGGUAAAGGGAUACCCAUCAAACACACCUUAUAUUGGCAGCUCCCCUACUCUGUGUCACUUGCUCCAGCAGAAGAGCCCAUAUUGUUGCCUGCGCCUUGACAAGAGCUGCCAACAUUACCCAUAUGAAGAUGCGAGGGCGUAUGGCUUUAAAAAUGCGCUGGUGAUAGUGUCUGCAGAACAUGCUGGAAAUGGGCUGUAUAACUUUAUUGUUCCACUAAGAGCCUACUACCGAGGAAAGAAGGAGCUAAGCCCCAUCAUCCUGCUGCUGGAGAACUCGCCAGAUGUUCAGUUCCUAGAAGCCAUAUGCUGGUUCCCUCUGGUCUAUUACAUGGUUGGAUCCAUUGAUAAUCUAGAUGAUAUGCUCCGCUGUGGGGUCAGUUAUGCGGCACACAUGGUGGUUGUCGGAGAGGAAAGCUCUAUGAUUGCAGAAGAGGACUACAUGGCUGACGCACGCACUAUUGUCAAUGUUCAGACUUUAUUCAGGCUAUUCCCAGGUUUGAACAUCAUCACAGAACUAACGCAUCCAGCAAACAUGAGGUUCAUGCAGUUCAAAGCCAAGGAUAAAUACUCUGUUGUACUGUCGAAGCUGGAGAAGAGGGAACGGGAACGGGGCUCCAACCUGGUCUUCAUGUUCAGACUGCCCUUUGCCGCUGGGAAGGUUUUCAGUGUCAGCAUGUUAGACACCCUCCUAUACCAGUCAUUUGUUAAGGAUUACAUGAUCUCCAUCACACGACUUUUGCUUGGCCUGGAUUCAAUGCCUGGUUCUGGAUUCCUCUGUGCUCUGCGAGUGACAGAAGAAGACUUGUGGAUCCGAAGUUAUGGGCGGUUAUAUCAGAAGCUCUGUUCCACUACUGGGGAUAUUCCCAUUGGUAUAUACCGUACUGAGACACACUUACUGCCUGCCUCUGAGUCUCAGGUAUCAAUCAGUGUUGAGGAUUAUGAAGAUACAAGAGAGACUCGUUGGGGAGACCCUAACCAGGGACGACCGCUUCACCGGAACUCAACCUCCAGUGACCAAUCAGAGCACCCUCUGCUGCGCAGAAAGAGCAUGCAGUGGGCCAGGAGGCUCAGCCGCAAGGGAGUAAGGCAGCCUGGGAAAUCGGCUUCAGAAAGAAUCAGCCAGCAGCGAAUGAGUCUGUACCGACGAUCUGAGCGGCAGGAACUUAAUUCACUCGUCAAGGCCAGGAUGAAGCAUUUGGGGCUCUCUGCUGCUGACUACAGUAUGAAACAGAUGGACAUUAUGGACACUGACAACACAUUGUCCUAUAUCCUAAUAAACCCUUCUCCGGAUACCAAACUGGAACUGAAUGAUGUUAUUUACCUCAUCCGACCAGACCCUCUUACUCUAGUGUCUCUGAAGUCUCGCAAAGCUAGUGUUACCCGCUCGGAAGGCACGGUAUAUGAAAUGAAAGACAGCACCCAUCUGUAAUGUCAAAUCUUGCGGGAUAACGUUGUGAGAUUCUGGAAGUGAAGGACAAGAAAAGGUCAUGACGUGGGGACAUUGUCUCUCUUGGGUCUGACAGUGAAAAUGUAUAGUGGCUUCAUUGCCACGUCCUGGUAACAUGCGAGGAACCUGUUGAUCUCCACUCUACUCAUUGACCCUGUAAAUAACUCUUGUCCUGUGGCUUCUCAGACAUGCAGGCACUUUCUGCUCUUUGUAUCCUCUGGUUUAUACGACUAGAUGAAUGUAUUAAAAGAAGGGAGAUGAUUUGCCAGCUACAAUGCCCUCUCAGUUCAUGAGUUGAGGGCUUCUGGGUUAUUUCAAAGAAGUUAUUGGUUGCAGGGCCAGGAGAAACUGGUUUGUAGCCAUGCUAGCCCCUUCUGGAAAAUAAGUCACAAGCAGCAAAAAGUAAUGGAGUAAGUAGGUGAAUAUUGAAUAUUGAAUGAGUCCCUAGACUUUAGAAAAUCAAAUGAUUCUCAUGGCGCCUGUUUGUUGUUCCAAUCAGAAAGUAAGAUUUAUCCUACAGGGUUUCAAUAUCCCAACGUUAUACAUCCAGAGGCACUUCAAAGACUUAUGGGGGAAUGUGAUAUGUUUUGUUAGUGCCAAAAAUUUUCGCAAACACCGUUAGCGAUCAUGUUUGCACCAUUUUUGACUCCUCAUUUUUCCCCCCUUAGCUGCUAGUGUGGUCUUACCUUAAAGGAUAAAUAAACCUUUAAAAUAAGUGAAUGAGGUGGAUUUGCUAGGGUUUCUACAUAGUAACAUUCACCAGCAAAUCAGGGAACCAACCCUUCAUCCUCACACCUAAAGCAGUAAAGGAAUCUUGAGGUUUAGGGAUCCUUAUUUUUUAUACAGAUUGGAUGGGAAACAUCUAAAGUUGCCAAAUUCGGACGGUCCAUUCAGUGUUAGAGAUGCUGGUCUUUAGUCUUAGAUGCUCAAAACAUGUAUCAAUGCACAUUUGAAAGCUCAUUGUUUAACAAAGACAUUCUCAGCAGGUGCACACAUUUAAAAAAAAAAGAGAAGGUUUCUUAAUUAUUGACUAGACAUUAAACCAUCAUACCAAUAUCAAAGUAGCCCCAUAAGGUGGCCCUAACUCUUUACCUCUGAUCAUAAUUUUCAUAGACUUUCACCCUUCUACUUGGCUGCAUUGUCUGGGGUAAAGUGUCUCCUGACCAAAGCAUUGGACGCACAAGUGAUUAUUCCUAUUGUACCUUAGACAUCUCUAUGACCAAUAUCCUUUUUCAAACACAUAAGUCCACCAUUAAAGGAACGGGUUUUGGAGCGCAUAUUUUUGAUAGGGUGGCAACCACCAAACUCCAAUGUAGUUGUAGAAAUAUGAAACCCAUUCUCCAAAUAAAUGUUGGUCUUUGAGAUAAACAGGUAUAAUAAUGGUACAGUAUUGUUUAUAUGACCGUCCCAUGGGUUGAUUGUGUCCAUUGUAUAAGUGUAAAUCUGUUUGUAUCCGUACAUGAUUAGAAUACUGUGUUUUAAUUCUAGUUUUGUGUUUCGAGUCCUGAUGCGCAACUCUUGACCUAUUAAGUUGUCUGUUGUGUCCAGUCUUGCGGAUAGCAAGUUACAUUCCAUUUGUCUUGUAGGGGUUUGGCCACUCUGUAUCCAGCUCUGUGCACAGAAGGUGCAGCUGAUGACUCUUUGGGAGUAACAUAUUUUGCCAUUAAUCACUGUGAAGUAAAGAUU